UUUAUUUUAUUAUUUCCCCUAUAUAUCGUCUCUUCUCUCUCUUCCUUUACUUCAAGUGUUGGUGCUUAAGCUCUACAGACUUGCAAGUCUGUAAUAAAAAUCCCUUUCCCCUUCCCUGGGUGUUUUUUUCUUCUUCUUUUUAUGUAAUCCUUUACCUGUUUCUGUGAAAACAACAUGGCUGCGGAUAGCUUUCUUAUGCCCCCAUGCCGAAAGAUUCGGAUUCGAGAAGCUAAAGAACCGAAUCCGAAUCGUAGUGAUUACUCAGCUAGUGGGGGAAACUGUUGGUGGGCAUUUGAUAGGCUAUUCAAGUGUUGCAGGCAGCUUCCGGAGUUACCGUCUAGGGAUGUGUGCUUUAUCGGUGGUGAUAAAGAGUCGCUUUGUGCCGGGAGCCAUUUGAUUGUGUCGGGAAGAGAGUUCACUGAAGGCAAUGUUGUGUGGAGGUUUGAACUCGAAACUAGCAGAUGGUUUAAAGGGCCUUCGAUGAUGGAUCCUCGAUGUUUGUUCGCCUCUGCCACUUGUGGUACAUUCGGAUUUGUAGCCGGUGGAAUCGAGAUGGGGUUACUAGGGGCCAAGGUGUUGAAUUCAGCCGAGAAAUAUAAUCCGGAGACCAAGUCAUGGGAGAGUCUCCCAUGUAUGCAUAAGAAAAGAAAGCUUUGCUCAGGUUGUUUCAUGGAUGACAAGUUCUAUGUAAUAGGAGGGAAAGACGAAAAAGACAUGGAACUCACUUGUGGGGAGGCAUAUAACAAGGAUAAGAACACAUGGCAACUGCUACCUGACAUGCUGAAAGACGAAGAUAAUCCGGUCGCGAAACGGCAAUCACCACCCCUUCUAGCCGUGGUGAACAACGAGCUAUACUGUCUCGAAACAUCUUCGAAUGAGCUCAAGGUGUACCUUAAGAACACCAACACAUGGAAGAAACUUGGAGAGGUACCGGUUAGAGCCGAUCUUCAUAAAGGAUGGGGAGUGGCUUUUAAGUCACUUGGCAACGAACUAUUGGUUAUUGGAUACUCAUCGGCCAUUGCAAAUGGCAACGGCAAUUGCAAUGGGAUGACGAUAUACACUUGCAGACCGGAAGCCGAGAGAGAGGAAUUGCGAUGGAGGUGCAUCGAGGGAUACAAGGACCGUCUAAACUUCUUUCUCCUCAACUGUUGUGUGAUGGUAGCUUGACCAUACAGUGUUUAAUAGGGUGAAUAAAAGAUGGAGGGAAUUGUAAGAAACUUCCAUAUAUGUUGUUGUUCCAUGUGCUGUGUGCUUCAAAACUAAACUUUUAUGAACAUAAUGGGGGGUGUAGACCGUGGGCAAAACCUGCUGCCUUUUCAAUUUCCAUAUAUUCUCCUACUCUUUA